AUGGCAUUGGGAUUAGAAGAAAAGAACGCGGCCGUACUAUCUCGGUUCGCCCAAUUCCGACUCCUUGGUACCGAGUCUGAUCCAACGGUUCAUGGUUCCCAGAAGCCGGGGGCGAGCCCAGAUGACCCCCCGCAGUCUGUCUCAGUGACCGUGACCGAGCUGCCUUCGCCGCCCCUUGCUUCGCCUUUGCCGCCCGGAGAAUCCGGACCUGCUGGCCCCGACGUGGUUUCCGAAUCGCACCUCGAGCCGGGAGAACCUGCGAAAGAGGGACCGUCGAUGUUUCACUAUUUUCCGCUACUUCCGGCCGAGCUGCGGCUUGCGAUAUGGCACAUGUCCUUCCUCCCCCGGACGGUGGAGUUGCACACUCGGCGCGCCCACUAUGCGGAUGGCGAGCAGGUGGGCAGCACGCCCCGGUGGCAGUCACACUCCCGCAAUCCGGCCGCGCUGUCCGUCAAUGCCGAGGCCCGUGCCGCCGCUCUCGAGCGCUACACCGUCGCCUUGCCGCUCUUCGCCCUGCCCGCGCGUGCGCUAACCUCGGAGCGGCCGGGCAACCUGCUCCAGGACAGCGACCGUGUGUUGUACCUUGACCUCAAGCAGGACACGGUCAUGGUGCUGGGCGACCUGCACUACACACGCCUGACGAAGCUGCUGGAGUGGUUCCGUAAGAUGGACCCCACCGGUGGAAAGGGGCUCCGGCGGUUGGCCAUGAGCAUGUCCAUCUGGGACCACGCGGUCGGUGCCGCCACCCUCAAGGAGUUUGGGCGCACCGUGUUUGCCAAUAUCGAUGAGUUCAUUCUGUUCCUGCACCCGGGGCGCAUGAUGCCACCGGACGGCAUAGCCGGGCCUUGCGUUCUUGUCGAGGCGGAUUUGAAUACCGACUCGUACCGGCGCUUCUUGAUCGGGCGGGGGAGACAGUUCCGAGUAGGUGAUGGCUGGCUAGUCGUCGGGCGAAAGCCAAUGGUGGUGGCGGAUAUUUAUUUUGUAGACGGGUGGUAG